UCCAGCCAUGGCACCUACAGUCUCUCCAGUAAUGACUAAUUCUCAGGAUCAUGUGACUUUGACUCAUAAGCUCAGAAAGCCUCUGGUGGAGAAGAUCCGCAGAGAGAGAAUCAACAGCAGUAUUGAACAGCUCAAGUCUCUCCUGGGUCCAGAGUUCCUCAAACAGCAGCCAGACUCCAAACUGGAGAAGGCAGACAUCCUGGAGAUGACCGUUAGCAUCCUGAGAAGACUGCAGCAGCAGCGUCAGGCCGCAGACUCAGCAGUUCUUGACCAGGGCUAUUCCAGGUGUGCCCAGGAGAUGGUGAACUUCCUGUCAAAGGUAGAGGUGAAGACUCAGUCCCAGAGAAACCUGCUGAACCACAUCAACCAGCUGCACACUUCCUCUGAUAAAAGCCUGAGUGAGGCUGACUUCUCUCCUCUGAGCUACACAGUCCAGACCAGCAUCACCAAAGACAACACAGUCACCAGCUCCCUCUGGAGGCCGUGGUAGAAACCUACAGACU